AUGAGCGCUGCUGGUGUGUUCGUGUGUCUACUUGAGUAUCCAAGAGGCAAGAGGGCCAAGGGAACAAGUGUGGAAAGAACCGGCCAGUAUUGCUUCACAGUAUGUGUAAAAGCCUUUGGCCCGCUGACGAGGAACUACUACGUCAGAGCGUUUUUACAUGCAGCUAUCUGUGUUCCUGGAGGUUUUAUGCUUGCAACGGUCCUUGGAUGCGUCUGCCUCGGCAUCGCCAGCCUCAUCUACCUUGCAGCAGCUAUUCGAGGUGAGCAUUGGGAGCCCAUUCUUCCACGGAAGGAAGUACGAAAGCCUGUUGGAGAGAGCAUCAAAAAUCCUCCACAGAAUCCUCCGCCGAGACCUCCUCCAGAGAUGCGAAGGAAACAAGCAAAGGAUCUGGAAUCAGCAGCCUAUGAUAACCCCAUCUCUGUUACUGCAGAUGAGUAACCAGUCCAGGGCUUUGUCCUUAUUGGUCCCCUUCAAAUAAAUUAUACAUUCACUGCAAAAGUUCUGUGGAUCGAAGGAGAAAAAGGUUUUUUGAAGUUUGCUGAUGCCACAAAGUAAUAUAUAAAUAGGCUAUUUACGAUGAGAUAGAAAAUAGUAUCCUUUACAUCUGAGGAUACGGAUAUUAUGAUUUGUGAGGAAAUAAAAAAUAUUUCUUUAACUUUUAAGGAGCCAAAAUGCUGCAGAGGGAAAGUGUAACUCUUUAGUUGCAGGACUGUAACCAAGAACAACUACUGUCACUUUAAAGUGCUGUUUGGUGGCGCAUACCGGUCUAAUGAAGAAACAGUCACAGCCUACAGCUGCUUUCUGUUGAAGUUAUUUUAGUUUGUUACCAUGAAUAUAUUUGGAAAAAGAUAAACUGUGUUCUUAAACUGUAAUUAUUAUGUUUCUUUUUGAAGUCCUUGCAUUAUAGAUGUUUACAGUUUUACGGUACUGUUUAUCCCUUUAGACAAAAACUGGAUAAAAUUGAAGCCCUCCUGCUGAUAUUAGCUCAUUUAUUACGCAUUUUUUGUCAUUGGUUAUAGUUUUAUUCUGUGUAAAUAAACUUU